CAGGUGGUGCCCACCGGGUUGCCUUCCAACGUGACCACCCUCAGCCUCUCGGCCAACAAGAUCACCUCGUUGCAACGGCGUUCCUUCGUGGAGGUGACCCAGGUCACCUCCCUCUGGUUGGCGCACAACGAGAUCCGCUCCAUCGAACCCGGUACCUUCGCCAUCCUGGUGCAGUUGAAAAACCUCGACAUCAGCCACAACCAGAUCGUGGACUUCCCUUGGCAGGACCUCUACAACCUCAGCGCUCUCCAGCUGCUCAAGAUGAACAAUAACCACAUGGCUCUGGUGCCUCAGGGGGCUUUCCACACCCUGAAGGACCUCCGGUCCUUACGCAUCAACAACAACAAGUUCACCAGCCUCGCCGAGGGGAUCUUCGACUCGCUCAGUUCCCUCUCCCACCUGCAGAUCUACAACAACCCCUUCGAGUGCUCCUGCAAGCUCCAGUGGUUGAAGAAGUGGAUGGACAGCACGCUCAUCUCCAUCCCUGAGAAGGAUUCCAUCACUUGUGCCCUCCCGGAGCAGCUCCGAGGAGUGCCGGUGGGCAAGAUCCCAGACGUGCAGUGCACCUCGCCCACCGUACAGCUCACCUAUUACCCCAACCUGGACACCACGGAGCUCUUUGAUGGCUUCACCCUGACGCUGCACUGCGCCGUGACGGGCACCCCACCACCCGAAGUGAGCUGGAAGAUCCGCACCUCCAGCCAAACUCUGGAGCUCAACGGCAACCCGAAGGAGAGCGCUGGGAAGGACCUCCCCAAACAGGACCCCGAGCGCUUCUUGGUCUUCAAGAAUGGCACGUUGCUGAUUCCCCACCUGAGCAAGCGGGAAGAAGGCACCUACACCUGCCUGGCCACCAACGAAAUGGGGAGCAACCAGACCUCGGUCAACGUGGCGGUGGCGGGCACCCAGAAAUACCCACUGCAGCCCAAGAGGGACCCUCUGGGAGGUAAAGCUCAGCCAGGUGACAAGAAGCCUGGGGCCAAGGGAGCAAAGAACAGCGUGCUCAUGCCAGAUGAGAGGAACAAACCCCUCGAUCCCACCCGGCAGAGCCAACCAUCCUCGGCAGCUGGGACGGAGUCCACGGGAGACGGGCAAGUCCCUUUCCAGCUUCCACCCUUUGAGAAGAAGUGUGGCUCCACGCAAACCAGCAAGUACAUUUCCAACCACGCCUUCAACCAGAGCGGCGACUUCAAGCAGCACACGUUCGACCUGGGGGUGAUCGCUUUAGAUGUGUCGGAGCGUGAUGCCCGGGUACAGCUCACACCCACCUACAUGCAGCCCGAGAAGGUCCACCUCAGGAUGCUCUACCUGUGCCAGGAGAGCAGCCAGGGCCACGCCUUGGUCCAGUGGUCCAAGAUCGAGGAAGGGGUGAACUCGUACUGGUUCCAGGGCUUGAACCCCGGCACCAACUACUCCGUGUGUCUCACCUACCUGGGGGAGGACUGCCAGGUCCAAGUGGUCUUCACCACCAAAAAAGAGAUCCCCUCGCUCAUCAUCAUCGUGGUGGUGAGCAUCUUCUUGCUGGUGCUGGCCACCUUACCUCUGAUGGGGGCCACGUGGUGCCACCUCCUCUCCAAGUACCAAGGGAAAACCUACAAGCUCAUUAUGAAGGCCCAGAACCCGGACCAGAUGGAGAAGCACAUGGCGGCCGACUUUGACCCCCGCGCCUCCUACCUGGAGUCUGAGAAGAACUACAAUCCCAGCGAGGUGGGGGAAGCGGACGCGGAGGAAGAAGACGAGGAGGAGGACGACGACGAGGAGGAAGGAGGCAGGGGAAGGAGGAGGAGGAGGAGAGAAGCCGAAGGGGCUCCCGAGCUGGAACGAGAGGAGAGCGUGGCUGCCAGCUCCAUGGCGGAGUCACAAUCCAAAGCCAACGGCGAGGAGUUCGAGGUGCGCUCCGAGUACAGCGACAAGCUGCCGCUGGGCGCCGAGGCCGUCACCAUCUCCCAGGAGAUCAACGGCAACUACCGGCAGCGUCCCCGCUGAGCCCCCCCGC